AGUUGGCGACAAAACAUUGACAAGGAAGCAAGUGACAAACCAUGUGUAACAAUUGAAUGCUGUAAAUAUCCAUCUACUUCUGAUGUUUCCUACAAUGGUAUUAUUAACAAGACUUCCACGUCUGCAGGCUCAGUUCCACCAUGUGAACAAUACGCUGUGAGUUUUGAUGAUUUUAAGAUAAAUUAAUUUAGAAGAGAACUUAUUGCAUAUAUAAAUAGUUUCGGCAGAGACUCGGUAAACCGUAAAAAACUUGAUGUAAUCGUUCUGUGACUGCCUCGUCCCCAGGCGCCAUAAAAAAGAUUUCACAUACGAGUCACUAUAUAAAAGGUUUACAUGAAGUAGUGCGGCAUUAUAGGCGCGCAAAGGGGGAUGGGAUAUUAGUCCAUAACCCCUGCGCUACUCGUUCGUCGCGAUGCACUACUUCAUGUAGACCUUUUAUAUAGUGACUCGUAUGUGAAUUUUUUUUAGCGGGCCUUUAUCGUCAUGUUGUAUUGUCUUUUGCCCAACCAACCAAUAGCAAUGUUUUAGGAAAGUUAGCAAUCGGUGACAUAAACAUUUGGGUAACUUAAAAUUCGCUAUUUGAUGGAUUUGGCAAACUGAAUACAAUACGUAUACGCACAUGACGACGAAGGACCAUAAUUUUGCAUAAACGUUGACUAAGAUAGAUACUGCAUGUUAUAUUGUUAUUCUAAUGAGUUUCCUAACCAUCAUCUUUCAUUUACUACGGUCCAAUGGACCUAUUCCCUAAUGAACAAAAUUUUGAUCUAGACAAAUCUAGACAAAAUUUUCAUCACUGUUUAAAAGAGCAUCACAAAAUUAGUAAUAUUCCGAAGUUUCGUUGCACAAUGUUGUAAAAUGCGGAUUAUAUAGCCCUGCGAAAUUUGCCAUUUUUCAGUCAUUUUGUAUUACGCGCGGGAAAUUGAUACCUUUUUUCAGAAAGUGGUAUCAAUUUCCCGUGCGUAAUACAAAAUGACUGAAAAAUGGCAAACUUCGCACUGUCUAGAUCAAAAUUUUGUUCAUUAGGGAAUAGGUCCAUUCAUGAAGCUGUACAUAGUACUAUACAUAGUACUGUAUGCUAUACAUAGUACUGUAUUUAUUAAAGAGCGAGACAGUUCUACAGCUCUAAUUUGGGAAUGGUAUACUUCAAUUGAUCCGACUAGGUAAAAGUAAUGUGCACGAUGAGGUCUCAACAUAAAGUUAUAGGCACUUCCGAGUUUCUUGAUGAUGUGUCGAAUGACUAUAGGAUUGAAGUCAAUACUUGAGCUGUAUCAAGUCUAGACUAUAGUUUGCUUAAGAAUCAUGAACAUAUACCGUUUACUUUCUAGGCACAUGGUCACUGCCCGAAAGGAAUGCAAUGUGAAAUGUCACAUGACAUUGACAUCAUUCUCAAUUAUGAACAACAAAAGAAAGCAAAGAAGAAGCGAAAAAGAAAACAAAAAUCCAAACAAAAUACGUCUUCAGAAGAAUGUGGCGAAGAUGCUACAGGUGCAGAAAAAUGCGAAACAAAUGGUAGUAGUAUAGACGAGGUCAUCCAAGACAAAAAGCCAUCAGAUAAAUCCGACCAAACAUUGCUUACAAAAGCAAGCACUAACACGGCUUCGGGAAAUCAUCGCGCUGGUUUCGAUGCAUUCAUGACAGGGUUUUCUAUGGCAACUUACUAUCAUCGGUUCAAAACUCAGGAUGCGACUACGUUUGCUGAAAGUAUACCUGAUUUUAUAAAUAAGUUAAACUUAAGCGGCAAGGAUAUACCGUUGAAGAUUGAAAAGAGUCAGUACUGUAAGACGUCUGCCAAUCAUAAUGAAACUUGGAAGAAAGUGAUGUCAAGUACUUAGUUGCAUGCAAUUUUAUGAACUCGUUAUAUAAUUAUAUUUGCUGGUGUUAGAAGCUAAAGUUGAACUUCCCUUUAACGGAAACCGAAGGAAAAGAGCAUGGUAUCGAAUUUAUCGAUAUUAGACAUCACAUAUUCCUAUAUUAGAAUUCCACGAAAGGCGAAAGGUAUGAAUCAUCGCCUUGAAGCGUCCAGUAUGACUAGAACAGGCCAGUGUCUGUUAUAACGUUCUACUACAUAUACAUUAUCAGUCUGUCAAGUUAUGCAGGGUGUCCCAAGAAAAUGCAUGAAAAUGUCUGUGUUCCAGAUUUUUAUGCAGCUAAUUAACAGUUAUUCCACGAACUCGAGUCGAAUAUGAGCUGAUAGCCGAUGAGGCACGUAACUAUUUUAUUAUAUUAUACCUCAAAUUCAAAUUGUCCAAUCAGGAAGCUUAGUUUGUGCCACGUGAGCAUGAAAUUAAUCGCGAUAUCACGCCUUACGUCAUCAAUUAGCGAGCCUGCGUUCCUUUUGACAAUGUUCC